UAAGAAAUGAACAUCUACUCAAAACAUAAUCAAGUUCAUGCUUAAUUAAGCCUACUGUCCUGUUGAAAAAUUAGUAAGAGAUAAGACAAAAGGGAAUAAAUGGCAUCAACAAAUCGAGAUCAUGAAAUUACAGCACCGUUUCUCGAAUAUAAAAUAUCAACGAUGCUAUUUAAUUGUCUAUCAAUAUGUCUUCACGUGUUUAAUAUUUUAUUCUUAGACGUUGGAUUAACUUUUUAUUUUUUUAACAUCGGUGACUUUUCAAAAGGAUUGAGAACUUUGAUAUUCGCAUUGCUAUCUUCGUUAACAACAACGGCAUUUUCCUUAUUCAUGUAUUACUGCGAUUAUAAAGGAUUGACAAUGCGCUCGGAGCAAGAGAAUAUUGGAGAAUUGCGUGCGAGAAGGUUAAGCGAAGAAGAGGGAAGAGAUAUACAAUCUUUCGAAAGACCUUCAAGGAAGUGGUGGAUUAUAAGGAUAGUAUUUACUCUCUUGCAAUUUGGACCUGUUAUAAGGCAAAUAGAAAUCAUUCAUUUUGGUUUGAAAUCUAUGAAAAAGAAUCAGACUAAGAUUAAGAGUACAACUUUAAGAUUAUGUACUCGAAAGAUAUCAGCUUAUGAGAAUUUAAGAGCGGAUCAAGUAAACCUUAUACCAAUGUUUAUUGAUUCAGCUCCCCAAGCUAUUUUACAAUUAUAUUUCAUAAUAACCUAUGGGAAAAAAGGUUUACCUCAAAUAGUUUCGAUUGUCUGUUCAGUUGUAUCAGUGUCAUACGGUAUGGUCAGUUAUUACAGAUCAUCUAGACUAGCUGGCUUUGAUGAUGUGGAAUUAUGGAGGUUGCAUAUUAAGUACGCUAUUUACGGAAUGAUUUUUCAGUUCUCUGGUAAUUUUUUCCUAACUGGGUCUAGAGUUCUAGCCAUUGCUAUGUUAGCUUCCGUAUUCCGGAAACGGAUUUGGAUCUUUUAUACAAUAGUCGGGUUACACGUUUUUAUCUCAUUCCUUUAUGUACAAAGUAAGGGCGUCUCUUUUAAUGAGGAUAAAAUUGCGGGGAAAAAAAGUUUAUGGAUUUUUAAGAUAUGGUCCGCCUGGAUGUUACUGUUUUGGUAUUUCAAAUUGAAAAAGGAUAGACCAGAUAAAGCCGAAUAUACUAUCUAUUAUGUUAUAAUAUGCUUAGAAAAUUGUCUCUCUAGCUAUCUUUUAUUCAAGAUAGAAAAAGGAUUUCUUACACCUCUCAUAAUAGUAUUGACUUUUAUGCCUGUUGGAUUAUGUUUUAAGGGAGUAUAUUCAGCCUGUUUUCAUCCGGCUUCCUUUCCAAAAGAAGUGGGUGUUCACGAUAGUGUAAUUAUCACUAUAAGCAUCAAUAUGGAAAGAGAUGCUAAUCAAACAGCACACAACCUCACAAAUAACAUAUAUGAAAAGCUUUCCGUUAGAGAUCUGGUUCAACAUAGCCUUAAUAUAUCAAAAGAAAUUUCGCUAAAUUCAAAGAAUAGCGUACAAAUUUAAGAUGAAAUUGACAUAUACUGUAUAUACAGUAUAUG